AUGGCUGCUGCCGACCCCAUACUGCCCCCAGAGGAGGUGCCUUUGCUGGAGCUGGGGAAGGUGGCCCCGGCCACCCCCCUUGACAAGGUGCCUCCAGCCCCAAAUGAACACGCAGGGGAUCCCAAUGCCACCCUGCUGUGGGACCAGUGCCAGCACGGUGGUCGGGGCCAGAAGGAGCCUACGGAGACUAAGAGGCGCUCAAGUCCUGAGGGGGGCCUUGAGGAUCCCGAGGAGGCUGCUCCUGUGUGCCCCCCAGCUGAAUCUAAAGAUGAUGAAGCCCAUGGGCUGCCUGUGAUGGCGGCCCACGUCUUCGUGCCCAUCAACCCGCAGUGCAUUGAGCGGAAGAAGCAGUCCACCCCGUGGCCCCAGAAGGAGGGCAAGGGAGGCUGCGUCCCCCACGGGGACAGACCCAACGGCCUCCGCCAGAAGCAGGUCUUCCUUCCCGCCAGCCCCUUGCGCUACAGGGACCCAGCAGGCUUCGAGGGGCUAGUGGCUAAGCCAUCAGCUGAGAGGUCAUCGUGCCCAUGCAUCAGGGACUGCAGUGCCGAUGGCCUCAAGGCUAUGGCCUCGGUGGUGGGGGCCCUGUUCCUGUGCCCCUGCCUCAUCUACGGGGCCUAUGUCUUCCUGCCCUUUGAUGCUCCGCUCCUGCCCACCAUCAGCGCCCGCCUGGUCUACACGCUCCGUUGUGCUGCCUUUGCCACCUUCCCCAUUGUCUUGGGGAUGAUUGUCAGCGGCAUCUCCCGCCUCUGCUCCUCUGCACUGGAGCCCUUCGGAGAGCUACAGCAGGAGGUGGAGAUCCACCGCACUUACGUCUCCCAGUCCGUCCACCUCUUCAUCCUCUACUUCUUCAACAUGGCUGUGCUGGCCACUUACCUCCAGCAGGAGGUCCUCAAGCUCAUCCCCCUGCUCACAGGGCUCUUUGCCAUCUCCCGGCUGAUCUACUGGCUGUCAUAUGCCAUUGGGCGUUCCUUCCGUGCCUUUGGCUUCAGCAUGACCUUCCUGCCCCUCCUGGCCAUGCUGCUCUGGAACCUGUACAGCAUGUUUGUCCUAGAGCCUGAAAACCUCCUUGCUGUGGCAGCGCCGAAGUCCCAGGACCGCUCCAAGGAGGGCGGGGCCAAACUCCGGUACUGGGGCUGA